AGUUUGCAAUGUCUUCUCAAUCGAAUUUGACUGGGAAUAAAGUGAUAUUAACGAAAUGUCUACUAUCAUAUAUAGUAGAAUCACCGUCCGAUAUCUUUAUCAACAGCGCUAUCUCAUGUUGCGUGGUAAAUGCCAUAUUCUUCAUCAUGGGAUGCGUAUUGAAUUCUUUGGUGGUCGUGAUCUACUCAAUGUCGAAGCAGCUUCGUGAAAAAUUAACAUUCCUACCAGUGCUGGUGUUAUGCUCUGUGGAUUUGGUCACGGUGACUUUGGUGCAUCCAUUAUUCUUAUUGCAAACGAUUGCCGAAGUGCUUGGUUCUCCGAAAUGUCUGUACAAGGUUGUCUUUUUCUCGGCAUUGUACGUAUUCCCUAUCAUGUCAGGCUUGACGUUGGUAAUCAUGAAUGUCGAAAGAUAUUUAGCUAUCGUGCGGCCAUUGUGGUACUUACAAAUUGAAAACAAAAAGAAAAAAUUCAUGUUUGCAUGUACGUUUGCCUGGUUCUUAGCCGUGGCCAACUUUGCGUGUCGGGUAUACAAACCACGGUACUCACAAGCACUUACAAUGGUUUGUGUCAUCAUCUCUUGUCUAAUAACUCUUUUUGUUUACUCUUCGAUAUUUCGUGUCGCGUGGAAGCGUCGUUCGUGGAGACGUUCCGAAGAAAUGAUCGGGGAUUUUGCACAAGAUAUCAACAGAAAUCGAAUAAACUUCAUUCACAACUUAAAAAUAGCAAAAAUAUAUUUCAUAGUAGUGGUACUAUCGUUUAUAUGCUUUCUUCCGGUCAGCAUCGUAGUGUAUGCGGUAAAGUAUCCAUUGCAGGAAAACGAAGCCAGGCGUUUACAAAUGGCACAAGUUUAUAUGUGGACAAACACUUUCUUGUGCAUGAACUCUACGCUCAAUUGUCUCGUGUUUUUCUGGGCGAACGCGAGACUAAGAAAGGAAGCCUGGACGAUAUGGCGACGAUUCUUUCCUUCUGAACAAGUCACUUUGAACACGGGCGACUGAACGCUUAGUGCAACUGGUUCGACCCAAAUCCAAGCAUCGGAAAGUAUACCAAUUUUGGUACAUGUAAAGAGAACAAACCUAACGUUGAAAGCGGCCAAUUUGAAAAAACAUGACAACUAACCAAACAUCAAUGAUCAAUCAUCAAAGUAUCGAUAGUGCUUUUAAACUUAAGUACUUAUUUAGUUUUAGUUAUGAUUGUCACGACAUGAGGUCAACUAUGACUUCUCAAGAUGGGUAUACAAUAUGAUUAUAAUAAACGUUUCACGGGUCAUUACAUGAAUAUGACAUUAAUCUCCACUGACUUCCUUAACAGAAUAUGCUGCUGUUAUUAGGUCAUGAGCAACUUGUCAAAAUACACUUUUAAAGUAAUUUCAUAAAUUUUGUUAAAUAUUUUACGCGUUUUUUCCACCAAAGUAAGCUAGGGAGAAGCUCUGUACCCUAAAUAUAGCUAUAUAGGCCUGAAUAAGCAAAAAAUGAAGAAGAAUUAAA